ACAAUAUGGUAGACGACCCUGUUUCAUAAGAUUUACUAUUAAUGACACUCCUUGAGCUUCAUCAGUGUCGGAAUCAUGCAUAUUUUAGUGGUGUUGUCAGUAUUUUGUUUCUUCUCACUCUCGUAUCAAAAUGGUACUACUCCAGAGCAGAUCCACAUAGCCUAUGGUGCAUAUCCCAGUGAAAUGGUAUUAACAUGGAACACUCGACAAAACACAAAUGUCUCUACUGUCCAGUAUGGGUUAAAGGCUCCAAAUACUCCUGUAAAAGGAUCUAUGGUAAUGCUCGGCGGACCAUUUGGGAUACUGCAAGAUAUUCAGUUUGUGCAUAAAGUCAAGCUGACUGGCCUAAAACCGGGGGCUAGAUAUGUUUAUCGCUGUGGAAGUCCAUCAAACUGGAGUCGGGUAUAUAACUUUACUACAAUGCAAGAUGGAACUAACUGGAGUCCAAGGUUGGCCAUCUAUGGUGAUAUGGGGUUCAAAAAUGCCAAGUCUAUGCCCUUCCUGCUAAAAGAAAUGGAAAAGGGUGAUUUUGAUGCUGUUUUGCAUGUUGGAGAUAUGGCCUAUGACAUGGCAGAUAAUAGAGGAAGAACUGGUGAUGCAUUCAUGAACCUGAUCCAACCUCUUGCAGCAAAGAUUCCCUACAUGACCUGUGUGGGAAACCAUGAAUGGCACUACAACUUCACUAACUACAAGACCCGUUUUGCUGGAAUUGGUGGGGGAAAAGGAGAUGGCGAAGGCUUUUUCUAUAGUUUUGACAUAGGACCAGCUCAUAUAAUUUCCCUGUCUACUGAGUUUUAUUUCUACAUCAUGUAUGGAAUCGAACAAGUGGGAAAACAGUAUGCAUGGCUUGAAAAGGACUUAGCUGAAGCAAAUAAACCAGAAAAUCGAGCCAAGCGACCUUGGAUUAUAACAAUGGGUCAUCGACCGAUGUAUUGUUCCAAUGAUGCAGCUCAACUAUGUGAAUACCAAGAGACUCCUGUUCGAGUUGGUGUUCCCUACCUCCACCUCUAUGGCAUGGAGCCCUUGUUUAAGAAAUAUGGCGUGGAUCUGGCUAUCUGGGCUCAUGAACACUCAUAUGAGAGGCUGUGGCCUGUCUAUGAUAGAAAGGUUAUGAAUGGCAGCAAGGAGGCACCAUAUACGAAUCCGAAAGCUCCUGUCCAUAUCAUCACAGGCUCAGCGGGUUGCAUUGAGAAGAUAGAUCCAUUUGUUGGACCUUUUCCCGAGUGGUCUGCAUUCAGGCUGUCUGAUUAUGGCUACACUAGGAUGAAGAUCCGCAAUGCCACCCACCUCGAUCUGGAACAGUUCUCAGUUGAUAAGGGGCCAAAUGGUGCUAUUGUUGAUAAGUUUACUAUAAUCAAGGAUAAGCAUGGUCCAUACACUGACGAUGAGGAUGAGACCUUGAGGUGGCGUCAAUACAAGCCAUAAUAACAACACAGUCCAUUAGGAAGAUUGGAGAGGAUUUGUCACAGAACACUAUAUCCCAAACCCAGAAGUUUGGGGCGAACUAAAACCAUGGUAUUACUUGAGUAAAGAAUGAUAUUUGUUUGCCAAAUUACAAACCAUUGACCAUUAUUUGUCUGUUUAUAGUAGCAUUUUAGGUAAGUUGCCACAGAAGUUUUUGUCUUGUCAUGUAAUUGACACUCACUCAAACAUUUGCUUUUUUUUUGUCUAAAUUCUGAAUCAUGUGCAUGAAUGUACAUGUGCAUGUAUGUAUUAUUCGUAAUCUGUCUCAUAGUAUGUAAACUACAUGUAUGGAAAGAUCAUCUUCAGGGUCAACAUUGAUUGUGAGAACCAGUCAAGGUGUCCAGAAAGAUGUUAAACCUAUAGAGGGGAACGCAGUGAUCCUUUAAAAGCUGGUCAAGGAUCUUUCAAGUGUUCUUGCCUGUUUAUCAAAAGAAGAGGUAUUUAUAAUUUGCAAGCUGUACAUACAUGUACAUGUAUAUUGCUAAAUGCUUUAUCACAACGAAAAGGUUUUUGUGUGGGGCCUCCACUCCAAUCAAAUGCUACUCUGGCAAGCCUGGGUAUGCAUAACUAAUAUUGUAAAUAUCAAUAGGUCACGACCUUUUCUCCAGCCAAUCAGAAGUAAUGUUUUGUAAACAAAGCCACGCGGCGUAACCGCGGACUGAGCACUAUUGUUAUGUUCGUACUUAAAGCAAUUCGCUGGUACGCGCUGUUCAUUCCCAGUAGAAGGUUCAAUACACCGAAACGUCGGACAGAUUAUAUUACAUUGUGGUGCUUGUUUAUUUAUUUCAACAAGCCUGGGUAUGCAUACCUAAAUGCAUGCAUGUGUUCUUUCUGUUGAUUUCAAAAUAUCAUCAGGCUGCUCAUUUUACCAUAAUGUUACAAUGUACAUGUAGCUGUGUGAAUGCAUUACUUUACAAAUGUUCGCAAAUAUGUUAUUACGGGUCAUGAGCAAAAGUCGUGAUCAGAAGCAGCUGAUGUUUUCUUGUAUGUUAUAAGAUCUCUGGUCUGUUAUUCAGGUCAAGGUUGAUGAUAUAGUAAAUAAAGAAUUUUCAGUAAAAUGAA